GAAAGCAGAUCGGCCAAUCCUGCCCACUGUCGCCCCGUUCACGAGCGACCCCAUCCAACCACAUACACAGCCCGGGGUAUCCGCUCUGACAGGUCCGGGUGCCUGAUUGGGCCCGUCCUCAUUGUCAUUUCAGCGUCUCUCCAGCACUUCCCAGUUCCUGUCGGCGGCCGGAGGUCCAACGUCAUUUAACAACUAAACAUCAGCCGAAAGCUCCUUCACCUUGCACCACCACAACAAUCUCACGAGACUGUCGGGUCAAUCACCCCAUAUAGCGCCGGACUCUCUCAUUCAAUUCUGCUCGCUCGUCGAAUAAAUUGCGAUUCGAAUCGCACUGUCUAUCGUCGACAUUGACAGUUGCUUUGAGUCAGACAUGUCGUACCAACAGUAUAACCAAAAUCCCUACGCCCAGGGCCCCCAGGCCGAAGGCGGAUACGGCUAUGACAACCAACAGCCUCAAUAUGGCCAAGGCCAGUACGAAAUGCAGCCGUACGGAGAGGCGGACAAGUAUGCCGGGCAAUCCGCGCCUCGCACUCUGAGCCAGCAAGAUUUCCUCGCCCGGGUCCAACAACUGCGCACAGAAAUCAAUGGCCUGACUUCCGACAUUGAGGGCAUUGCCCAGCUUCACCAGCGCUCUCUCGGUUCCCCCGACGGCAGCACCAGCGCCCAGCUUGAGCAGGCUGUCUCCGCAACGCAAAUCCGCAACACCGGCGUCAAGGAAGGCAUCAAGGCCCUCGAAAGGGAUCUAUCCAAGACACAGGACGGAUCGCGCGCAACCAAGACCGCGCAGCUGAACUCCCUGAAGAACACUUUCAAGUCCGAGCUCGAAAAGUACCAGCAGAUCGAGCGCGAUUACCAGAAGCGGUACCGCGACCAGAUUGCCCGCCAGUACCGCAUCGUCAAUCCGGAAGCGACGGAAGAUGAAGUAGAGCAGGCGACACAGAUGGACUGGGGUGACGAAGGUGUAUUCCAAACAGCGCUCAAAUCCAACCGGACAGGUCACGCCAACACUAUUUUGGGCAAUGUCAGAGCCCGCCACAGCGAGUUGCAGCGCAUUGAGCAGACCAUGAUGGAGCUUGGCCAACUCUUCCAGGAGUUGGCCACUCUUGUCGAGCAGCAGGAGCCCGUCGUCCAGGCCGCCGAGCAGAACGCCGAACAGACUGUCGAAAACAUCCAAAAGGGCAACGAAGAAGUCAAAGUUGCGACAGACCACGCGCGCAGACGCAAGAAGCUCAAGUGGUGGUGCCUCCUCGUUGUUGUACUCAUCAUCCUUGCCAUUGCGCUCGGUGUCGGUUUGGGCGUUGCUCUCACCAAGAAGAAUUAACGAGUA